GCUCCACGAAUAUUCCAUACCACUCGAUGUGAACCCUGAAAGCCUCCUCCUCAAGUGGAGAAAGAGAUUUUCUAUUGACUCAUCGCUCUCUCUCUCUCUCUCAAUUUUUCUGAAGCCUCUGUUUUUAUCUUGUCCGCUUAAAAAAUAUAAUUAUACUCAGAUUGUUUUUUUUGCUCUUUUAUUAUAAUCAGCUCAAGUAAUUUAAUGGCAAAAUCCUUAUUCAGUUCAAAUCCAAAUCCAAAUCCAAAUGGGUUUAUGAGUUUGUUUCAAUUUAUUAUAUAUGUGCAGCUUUUAUUUUCACAAAAAAUCCCAUAUUAUUUUUCAGAUUCAUAGUAUACCUUGUUUCGUUUAUUAACGCUUUCUCAAUUAGCAAUAUUAAUAAUCCUCACAGCCGCCGGAGAUGGGGAAGCGUAAUAAUCAGCGUAAAAAUGUUGCGAUGUUGGAUAGUAGUGAUGAUAAUAGUAGCGUGAGUUCAUCAUCAACUGUCCGUUCUGAUCUUAUGUCGGUGUCUGGGAGCGACGAUGUUCAAGUUGAUAAAGAUAGUUUACUAGAACAAGCUCUAGAUGCUUUGUAUGAGAAGAGGGGUUCGACAAGAGAGAAAGCUUUGGCAGCGAUUAUUGAGGCUUUCAAUACCAAUUUGCAGCUCCAAUUUGUUGAGAAAAAAUUUGCUACUUUAUUGCAUCAAUGUCUUAAUUCCAUUAAAAAGGGGUCUAGCAAAGAGAUUGCUCUGGCAUGCCAUGCCAUUGGAUUGUUGGCUCUGACUGUUGGUUCUGGGGAUAAUGCACGUGAAAUUUUGGAAGAAUCAGUAGCUCCUAUUUCCCAAGCUCUUAAAUCUCAGUCUGAUUCCUUGAAGACUGAAUCGUUACUGGAGUGUUUGGCUUUUGUGACAUUUGUUGGUGCAAAUGAAACUGAGGAAACAGAACGAUCAAUGCAAAUCAUGUGGCAAUUGCUUCAUCAUAAACUAGGUUCUAAUGUAGUUGCUGUGAAAACUCCUGCCGUUGUAGUAACAGCAGUGGUGUCUGCUUGGGCAUUUCUCUUGACAACCAUGGAUGGAUGCUCCCUUAACUCCAAAGAUUGGCAAGAGUCCAUUUCUUAUCUCUCUACCCUGCUAGAUAAGGAUGAUAGAUCUGUACGCAUCUCUGCUGGUGAAGCACUAGCUUUAAUUUUUGAGACCGGAAGUAUAGAAAAGUUUGCUGCUGAAAAUAAAACACCACCUGAUGGCUCAGUUUUAGAAGGAAAUAAGUCUUGUGAAGGAUAUACACGUAUACUAGGUCUGAAAUCAAAAAUCCUAAAUCAAGUGAGAAGUCUUUCUGCCGAGGCUGGCGGAAAAGGUUCCACUAAGAAGGAUCUUAACAGCCAGAGGAACUUGUUCAAGGAUGUUUUGGAGUUUCUGGAGGAUGGCUACACUCCUGAAAUCUCAAUGAAGAUUGGUGGAGAUUCACUACAAACAUCAACAUGGUCUGAGCUUAUACAGUUGAACUUCUUGAAGCAUUUUCUUGGUGGUGGGUUUGUUAAGCACAUGCAGGAUAAUGAAUUCCUUCAUGAUGUCUUUGGGUUCACGCCAAAGAGAAAGCAUAUCCUUGGUGUUGAACAUCAAAUGUCAAGUGGUGAAAAGCAAAUAUAGCAAUCUCCACCUCCAGAGCCUUGAAAUAAUUCCCCCCUUACAAAUCUCUUGAAUUGAGGCACUGAUCAGCAGGUCCAAAAUGCAAAGCAUUCCUAGGAAAUCAUGGUGUAAAAAUGGUGGCUGGAAAAUAGACAAACAUUUACUUUUGCUGAUGACCACAUUCUUUGUGCCUGUUUUUUCUUUCAAGAUAUUGAUACAUUGCAUUCCUUGCUACAGAGGAUGUUCCGGUCUCCAAACUCAGUCCUCAAUAAAGCCAGGACCCAGUUUCUGAACAAGCAGCGGAUGCUAUCUAAGG